AUGAAUGAGGAAUUAGUCAAAAUUAAUUUGAAAGCUGAACAUAUUAAUCGUACGACUUUGGGUAUUUCUGGUACUCUAGACUUUCGUUACGAAUUCAGUGAAGAUACAAUGAUCGAAAUGGUCCUGCUUCGCAGCGCUAGUGGAAAUGCAGACAGUUAUCAGCUACUCCCAUAUAGAAUACCGAGGAUGCAAAUACAUGAUUUUAUUGAUACAUUUUACGACAACAUUUUUAAAGAUCUUGGACCGUGCUCAAAUUUCCCGGUGAUUGAAACUAAAGCAAGAGAUUAUAAAUUUUGCAAAGUAAUUUAUUUCGAGAGAUGUCUUUUUAAUAACGAUCACAUGCCCAACUAUUUGCCCGACGGUUAUUACAAGGCAAAAGUGGUGACAAGUGGAGAAACAGAUUGGUCGUUGACAGUCUUAUUUCAAGUGGAGUCCACAUUGUCAUAA